UAGAAACUAGGAAGGUUUGAUUGUGGAUUUCUUUCUUGUUUUGAUUCCUUUUCUUUCCACAUCAACAUUUUUGCAGUUAUCAGUAGCAUCAUUGUAUUGCUCAUAAUUGCUUUCUGAGGAAGAACGUCAAAUGUUCACUGUUUCUAUUCAGACUAUUAAAAUUGCUCUAUCAAUCAUCCUGUUUUGAAAAACAUAAUAAAUUCAGCCCUUUUUGGAUAGCUAUAAAAACUUUCCAGCUCUCCCUCUUGCCCAGAAUAGUAGGAGAAGAUAGGCAAUAGCAACUUACCAAAGUCAUGUUCUUGUUCUCUGAGUAAACUGGUCCUGGGGACCAACUAAAAGUCUGCAUGAGGUGUAAUUCUCCCUGAUGAUGUCUGUGAUGAAUUAGCAGCCUUUCGCGUAUUAUCGAUAUGGCAUUUUAUCUAAGAGGUCUCUAUUCUGAUUGCAUCCCAGGGCCUCUUAAUAGGCUAUGUGUAACCACACAGUGGAGGGUAGUAGUGAGAUUUACUUACUCUUCACUGAUUCUUUUGGUUUGAGGGCUAAGACCUACAAAGCUGUGAGUGUCUUCAAUGCUCAUCAGGUGUUUACCCCCUCAUAUGUUCGAAUCCCGGUAGAGGAGGCAGGAAAAAUAGGCUGGACAAAGUUAAAUCUUUGCAUCUGAAAGACAGCUGACCAAUGCAUUCGCAAAAGCCUCUCCAUCUAGUGGCAGCCACUUUGUACAGCCAGCCUGGCAGUGCCAAUCAAAAGCCACAGGUUUCUGGCAAAAGUAGUGCAGUCUAAAAUAGCAUACAGCUGUGUUUUUUUGUUUUUAUUCACGAAGAUAAAAGAUGCUUGAAAUUUGUAUCUCUUUUUUAAUCUUUAUCCAUGGUUGACAUUCACUACUACUGUGAAUUGCUGCAUGCAGUCAUGUAAUUGCACUGGAAAUUUUUGCAUGCUGGUGCCAGUGCUGACUCUUGCUCACUUUUAGUCAAUGUUUCUGUUCUUUUUAAAGCCAUUUUAAAAUAAGUGAGGUUGCCGAGCUCGUUUAAGGCAGGGACCAAGCUAAGAGCUGUGGAGACUCAGCCUCUGUUCAGAGCGUAUCUCCAGACAGCACAGGAAGACUCUCUCGUGCUGCCCUUUAGCGUGUCGCCACACUGUCCUGGAGGGACCCUUGCUGCAGUGCAGAGCCGUCACCCGGUAGCCUCCAAGGACAAGAGAUUUGUGCUGGGGACCGUUGUCCCCUAGGGAGGCUGGAGAAGAAGCAGCUGCGGAGGCUCCCGGGGUAUUCCACGUACCAGGAUUUCCUCAAAUGCAUUUUUCCCUUCUCAAGUCUCUCUGAAACCAACAUAAUACAAGACUGGGGUUAUGAAGUCAAUCCUAGAUGGCCUCGCGGACACAACUUUCCGAACAAUUACCACAGAUCUCCUUUACCCGGGCUCCAACGAUAUCCAGUACGAAGACAUGAAGGGUGACAUGGCAUCCAAACUGGGAUACUAUCCCCAGAAAUUCCCUCUCUCUUCCUUCAGGGGUGAUCCUUUCCAAGAAAAAAUGACUGCAGGAGAUGAUCCCCUGUUGAGCAUUAUUCCAUCUGAUCAGAUCAAUAUCACAGAGUUUUACAACAAGUCCUUGUCCACCUUUAAGGAUAAUGAUGAGAAUAUCCAGUGUGGAGAGAACUUCAUGGAUAUGGAGUGUUUUAUGAUCCUGAACCCCAGCCAGCAGCUGGCUAUUGCAGUUCUGUCCCUCACCCUGGGCACCUUCACUGUCCUGGAGAACCUGCUUGUCCUGUGCGUCAUCCUCCACUCCCGAAGCCUCCGGUGUCGACCCUCCUACCACUUCAUCGGCAGCCUGGCUGUGGCCGACCUCCUGGGCAGCGUGAUUUUUGUCUACAGUUUUGUUGAUUUCCAUGUUUUCCACCGGAAGGACAGCCCUAAUGUCUUCUUGUUCAAACUGGGUGGAGUUACAGCCUCGUUCACUGCCUCCGUAGGUAGCCUUUUCCUCACUGCAAUAGACCGGUACAUAUCUAUACACAGGCCACUAGCUUACAAAAGGAUUGUUACCCGACCAAAGGCUGUCGUAGCGUUCUGUGUGAUGUGGACCAUCGCUAUUGUAAUAGCUGUUCUUCCUCUGCUCGGCUGGAACUGCAAAAAACUCAAUUCUGUUUGUUCAGACAUAUUCCCCCUCAUCGACGAGACCUACCUGAUGUUCUGGAUUGGGGUCACCAGCGUACUCUUGCUGUUCAUUGUGUAUGCCUACAUGUACAUACUGUGGAAGGCUCACAGUCAUGCUGUUCGAAUGAUUCAGCGUGGCACUCAGAAAAGCAUAAUCAUUCAGACUACGGAGGAUGGGAAAGUACAGAUCACUAGGCCUGAUCAAACUCGUAUGGACAUCAGGUUAGCCAAAACCUUGGUCCUUAUUCUAGUCGUUUUAAUCAUAUGCUGGGGCCCUCUCCUCGCCAUAAUGGUGUAUGAUGUCUUUGGGAAAAUGAACAAGCUCAUCAAGACUGUCUUUGCGUUCUGUAGCAUGCUCUGUUUGCUGAAUUCGACAGUGAAUCCCAUCAUCUACGCUCUGAGGAGCAAGGACUUGCGGCAUGCUUUCCGGAGCAUGUUCCCCACCUGCGAAGGAACUGCACAGCCUCUCGAUAACAGCAUGGAGUCUGACUGCCAGCACAAGCAUGCCAACAACACAGGUAACGUUCACAGGGCUGCGGAGAGCUGCAUUAAGAGCACAGUUAAGAUUGCCAAAGUUACCAUGUCUGUCUCCACAGACACAACUGCUGAAGCAUUGUAAGCCAGAGACUUCUCAGCAUUGUGUGAAAAGGAAAUAGUUAAAAAAAAAAUCAACAACAACAGAGAAAACCAAACCCAUGGCUUAAUGUCUUUGUACCCUCCUGUAAUACUUUUUUGGUUUGUCAUUGUAAGCUAAACAAUAAUUGUGUUCAGAGCAUUACCAUCAGCCAGUUCUUCAAGUUUACAAUUAGGGAUUCAAACUAAAUUCUCAAAAGCUUUUUUCUCAAAAAGUAUUUACCGAAUAAUAAUGAGUUUUGUGAAAGAGCACAGUGAAAGUAUCAAAUUAGCAGAAGUUCCUUUCGAGGGUGUGAAGAAAAAUUGUGAAACCUAAUUGAAAACUAAUGCAUUCUAAAACAAUACCAUCAAGUAAGAAAAAGCCAUGUAAUCAUGCUGUUCAUUUCACUGUGAAAUGUAUUUCCUGUCUGUAAGUAAUAGGCAUUUUUAAUUUUUUUUUCCAAAAGCAGCAGUGCUGAGUUUUAGAGGUUUUGUAAAAUGUGUUGUGUCCUGUGAACUGUAUGCUGUUUUAUUACGUGUUAUUGAUAUUUGUCUGAUUAAACAAAGUGAUAAGGUAGACUUAUGUGGAAAUAAUGUGAAACAUGUGGUAUGUAAACCCCAUUGAAAACACCUACUGUGUUUGAAUAAUUCCUAUGAGUUAUUUUGGAAAUUUUACACUUCUAGUGGUCUUCUGUGGACUUAGAAGAGAGGCUUUGUGUUCUUCUACUCAAAUUAUUUCCCCAUUACCUUUUACUUUCACAUGCUUAUGAGAAUAGCAGCAACAAGGGAAUAGAGAAGGAAUGUAAGAGAGGAAUGCACUGGUUCAGACUUUUAAAUACCACUGCGUUUAUACAGAAGGACAUUCACUGUUGUACAGACUCUUGCCCUUCUCUUGGGCUUUGUGUGAAUAUGAACCUGAAAAGAGAAGGUCCCGGAUAUUGGCUUCUUUAACGGGCAACUGUUUUUAGUCCCAUGCUGGUGCUGGACUUCUGAAGACAGCAUGUGUCAUACACAAUGUGUAAUGCUAUCACUGUGCAGUUGGUGUAUACUUGAAGUGUGUUGCAUUCCUGUAUCCCAGGUUUAAGCAGACUCAGAGCCUGAGAUGCCAAACUCUGGUCUUCACUAAAAGAGGAGGAAAUAUUGUCAGACUUAGACAUUUUCUUACUGUGUGAGCGUGUAUAUAAGUAAAUAUCUAUGUGUGUGUAUGUGUGUGUGUGUGCGUGUGUGUGUGUGUGUGCGUGUGUGUGUAAGUAUACUAAUAAGUGUGAGUCAUGGUAGCAUAAUUAAGAUAGGACACUAUGACCAAAUGUAAACUGUAUUUCUUGUUGCACGCUUUGCACACAAAUUCUGUUUCUAAAAUUGAGUUCUUCCAACUGACUAAUGAUGAAAACACCAUAUUAAGAACAUACAGAUCCACACUGAGAUGCAUGCAUGUGUUAGGGAAAGUAGCCUUUUAAUUACACUUGAGAAUGAGGUAGAGCAGGAGGCAGAGCAUGGCAUGAGCCAGCACUGACAACUGAAAAUGGGUAUUGAAGAUGUUCCUGAAAACUGAGAACACCAGAAAUAAAUGGCAAUUUCUUUAUGCUCUUCAGUAUUUAAAUCUUGCUGUUUGAAAUGAGGUGAGUCUCACUGUGAAACUAGGAUACAGUUGGCAAGGUCUGACACCAUCAGCUUCAAGGCAAGGAAGGAGAAAUUAUUGAAUGAAAAUUGCAGCUUUGUUCCAUGAUGGAAUUGCUUUUUACCAUCUGGGACUUUUUCAAAGAGCAUGCUUUUGAAGAGUCUUUGGGGCAUGGAUAUUCUGUAAUUCCAUCCGAAAUCAGAGGUACUGGGCCUUGUUUUCUGCUGCCUUGCAUUUUGGACCAUCUCCUGAUCCUUGUUCUGGCUGAUUUCUGCCAAAAUCGCUGUUAAGCCAGCUUAGCUGCCUGACGCUUCCUACAAGAGAGGUGACUCCCUUUUUGGCACGCGUCUAGUGGAGCCCAAUCUGUGCUGUCCUGCAGCCCUUCCUUGGGGGUUACUUAAGGAAAACGAGUAUGGCGGCAGCCAUGGGGGUCCCUGGAUGCCUUGACGUCCCCAUGGCCUUUCUGAUAUCUCAAUGUGAGUCAAAGCGGCCAGUAGCACAAAAGGCCAAGCUGCUUUCGGCCAGCAGCUGCGCACUGGCCUAAGUGACACCAGGGCAGUGGAGGUUCAAGCUCAGCGGGCAAAGACUUGGUGUAACAUGGCACGUAUUAAAGAUCUUGUCAGGCAAGGUGCUGAGCAACAGCUGAAAGGCACAGGGGCAUUUUCCUCCUCUGCCUUGCUCCCCCACAGCUUGCCAUGGAGGUAGGGCAGAGCAUGGUGCCCGUAAGGGCAUCAAGGCAGUCAGUCAAGAGUGGUGAACUGGAGAUUCCCAGACGACAUGCAAGUCCCCCUCCUCAAAGAUCUUUCUCCUAUCUAGAUAGAGUUCAUCCUAAAGCAAUCCUCUAGGAGUGGGGGAAAGCCCACUUGAAAUGUAGAAGUAUUUUAAGAGCCAUUUUUGAAACUGUCUUCUUGUGAACUAAAUGCAAAUUUCAUAGAUUUCUGUUGUGCAUUCAAGUUCUAAAUUUUACAUGAUAAAUCAUGGGACAAUGGGGCUGUCUUGGCACUUAACUUGGUGCUUACUGAUAUAAUAAGAAAUAGCAUCCUGUGAAACAUUACUGUCUAUCAUCACUAUCUUCACUGCAUAAUGAGUUUUUUUAACGCUCUGGGAACUGUGUCGGUUCACUUAGAACCAUUUAUUAAAGAAGUGGCAACAAUUUCCCUACAAGUUGCACACUAAAUAGAACUACUCUGUCAUUAGAAAAUCCGUUGCUGUUCCAAGAUUAGCUGUACUUAAAUUUCUGCUUUAGAUAUUCCUAAUUUGCAGUUGUCUACCUUCACUUAGUGAUAGCACAGCCAAAUGAUACUGUGUGCCACAACCACCCAUACCGUCAUCAAUCAAAUAACCAUUGUUCCAGUUAUGUAUACUUACCAACUUCAGGUGUUGCGUAUCUAUAAAGAAGACCAUCUAUGUCACACAUGUGCAGAGUUAAGAUUCUCAACAGUCUAACUGUAUAUUUGUAUAAUAUAAUCUCCUCAAUGCUGUGCAAUCACUAUCCAUAUUUUCUUGCACUGGCCUUUUGACAAAAAUGUUAGUGUGUCUAUUGUGAGAUAGACAGCGCAUUUUACCUGCUGUUAUUGGGCUGAAUGUAUGUAAAUAAGUGAAAAAUAGAAAAGUCAUCUGUACAAGCAGUGGCCUAAAAAGUCUGUAAUUGUAGACUAGGACAAUUGUUGAAGUUGCUGUGACAUCUCAAAUACUACCUUUGAAUAAGCUGUUUACAGGGCCUCUUGGGAUGCUGUUUCAUAGAGAAAGGAAAAUCUUUCCUUGUGAUGAUAUGAGGUAAAGAAAAUGGAUUACCUGAGCUUUUUAUUUCCAGUGUUUCGAAGUGGAGAACAUAACUCUUUAUUGUCUAUAAAUCUAACAUUAUUACUUCCUCUUAGAAGAAUAUUGUAUCAUUAGAUGUUUGUUUGAGCUGGUAACAUCCUUGCAACUGCUGCAAUAUCUUUCGUUAGCAACCUGUAUAAUAGUUUGUACACAAGUACUGUUCAGAUUGUCAUUAAAAGUAGCUUUGACCAUUUACCUACCAGUAGCAGAAUAGCAUUUCUGUAAGAUUUCCAGUGUAUUACUACCAUAUUAUAUUUUAUUUCUAUAAUGUAAUUAAACUGUUAUUUAUUCAAGGAAAAAAA